GCUUUCAGAAUCACCACCGCCGGCCGCCCUGGGUACUGAACCUGCGGGCUCGUCGUCCGUCAUAUUCCUUCAGACGAUAGUCCACUCGUGACGACCAAUGCUUUUGUCGAUUAUUGCUGCUGUUGGUGCGCAGGCUUCUACCUUUUCAAAUCAUGUACUGGUCGAUCGUUGAGACCUCUGUCGUGUGCUGUCUUUGCGGGUCCUCGAGUGUGCUAGAUGCAAAUUUGGGUAACUGCUGUUUUGACGAAGCAGGGCCCUCAGUACCUGCACGGGACCUCGUGAAGACGAGGUCCGGAGCGCUUGCAAAUUAGUCGGCAAACGCGUCGAAUGAGAUGCCUUGUUACGCUCUGAUAACUACACCUCAUCUCUCGAGGUGUCGCGAUGUGAACCGCGAAACGCUAAACAUAGAUCGAAUUUCAAGGUGGAGGCGACGGAAGAGGCGGCAGGAGGUUUAAUUCUAGAAAACGAACCAAUCAGCCGACCAUCGAAAGACAGCUCCUGGAGUGAAGGAGAAGAAAAAAUGGAAUUCCCUCUGCAUCUCACAGCAUAUGCCAAUUGAGGUGUUUGCUUUCUUCCGGAUGGUUCUCGCCUCCUCUCGUUGUUGAAAGAGGAAUUUGUGUUGGGAAGGAAGGAAAGAAGAAAUAGAGAUGGGAGAAAAAACAAGAGUUGAAACUGUGAUGGCGGAGGAGAUGAAUGUAGUGUCGAGUUUCUUCGGGGUAGAGCUGCCUAGUCCUUCUCGGCGUCUGGAGUUCAGGAAGAUGAAAUCUGAUUUGGACAAGCUGAACAUCUUUUCUGUGAACUGGAACCUUGCGGAUCACGUUCGCACCAUCGGGUUGUUCAUCCUCUACUUCUUGGGCUUGGGAAUGCGAGUUCUGUUCACAUUCGUCCCACAGCGCAUGGACGUGUGCGGGAUUUCCACGGCUUUGGAUUCACUGGGCAACCCCGACUCACCCACCAUCAGAGUGGCGUUGGAUACAGACCAGGAUCAUUUGAGAAUCAAGUCCAGCGGGGCCAUCGGGCGGGCUCUGCUGCAGGUUUUGAGUCUAGUGAACGAUCUGCCGGCAUCGUCCAGAAAGUACGCAUUCGCCCGAGCUUUGACGGAAAAAAUCAUUGCAGAGAAUUUGAGCCAUGGGCACGGGUUCGAGUCUGUGAACCGGGUGGCUCUCUCGGCCGGUUUCCAAAGGACCCUGGCCUUCCUCAACGAGACCUUGGCGAGUUUGCACCAGCAGAAGAGGGUGGGCACGAUAUGGAGUGUGCCCUUGAAGUUCAUCGUUCGCAUGCUGCCCGGUGGAGGAAUGGCAUUGCCACUCCCGGCUCCCCUGUCACUCGUGCGUUCCACCAUCGGAGGUUUUCUUAACCCAUCGCCGCACUGGGCUCACGUCUUCCCCCCAACCAGGAUCGUGUACGAGGAGAACGGGACUCUGAUGGCGGAGAAGCUGGCUGAAGAGCUCCUCUGGCUGGCGCAGAAAUUGUCUGAGUGCUCUGCCCUCGAAGAGGCCAUCAAUCAGUGGAGCUCCUGCAGUUCACUGGCUUCGAUGGCACUCUCUGCGAAGCCCCGGAUUCAGCGCUCCAUGGUCCGCCUCACCGCUCUGCUCGUACACGGAAUCGUCCAGGGGAAUGUAGACGUGGCCAGAGAGGUGAAAUUCAAGCUGCUGUUGCACUGGAUCCCUCUGUUCUGCACAGCUACUCACGGAGGAGAUGGUGUCAUUUUCAACACUACAGAAAAGGUGGACGCCGAAAAAACUCUGGCUGAAGCCAUUAGAAACCUUCCUGAGUCUGAUCAGGAGGUUCUCUUGGCCAUUUGGCUGCAGGAGUAUGCAAUGUCUCCGUCAGACUGGCCAAAUCUACAGAGCUGUUAUGAUAGCUGGUGCUUCGAAACUCGCAAGGUCGGUCAUCGCGCCCACCUCGAUGAGGGUAAGUAAACCCCUUUCCAACCAAAUCAAUUGGAAAGAGGGGUUCAUGUCACAGAGAGCAUGUAUAGAAACUAGAAAGUGUCAGUAUGAAACGUACUCGAACUCCAGUACAUGCUCUGUAUAUAUUAUAUUCCAAUUUUUCGAUUGGAGGUGAAAAUCUCUAAUUUCAUUUAUACGUCAGAGACGCAUUAGAUCACAAAGGUAAUGGCAUGUAACCUGUGCUGUCAAGCACACAGUGCCAAUGCUAAAUUCUUUAUUAUAUUUCCAAGAUUUUUUUUAGACCAUUCGGCUUUUGAAGAUAUAGACCUUGCUAUGUACAGUCGAGAUUACAAGUCUCAACAAGUCUCAGUCGUAUAUCUUCGAGAGCUAAUCAAUUCAAGCAGACACCUUGCUUUCGUUAGUGCACUCUUCAGGUACAGUGGACUCUAAAAUCUGUUUAACUAUUUUGGAAAGGAGAGUAGUGGUGGACAAGAUCUAAGUUUCUGUAUGUUUAUCGCUCUCCUGGAAACCAGAAAUUCUGUCUUAACUGCUUAACG